AUGGAUGAGCGAAAUACAGCAUGCGCCGACGCCCAGCACAGCGACAGCCAUGAGACCUUCACUCAUCGUCGAGAGGCUCUUGCAAAGAUAACUGGAGUUUUCCAUGGCUUCGGAGUUCCAGACAGCGAGGACGAAGAAGAUAUCAUGCUUCCUAAUGAAGUCUUCCAAGAGCAGCCAGAUAUCUCAAACCCCACGCACCAAUCCGCAGUCCCCGUUCCAGAAGAGGUACCAGACACCAUCGACAGCGUCUUCGGAGACGACGUGGCCGGCGUCGCAGAAGAAGUCGACAGCGUCAUCGGGGAUGCCAACGACAGUAUCAUUGUUGCAAACAGCAGAUCCCAAGUACACGGAAACGAGCAAGUAUGCUAUGGUUCGUUAACGAUCAGGAAGCGCAAGCUGGAGGAUAUCACGGCAGGAAGCGAUGGCGACGUGGUCGAAGAGAUGGAUGGGUACGGUUGGCGGCAAGCGUCUUGGGGUCGAUUGCGAAGGCGGUAG